AGUCAUCUUUUGGAGCCUCGGCAAAAGAAAAGCAACAAGACAAGAUAUCUUCAACAGUGUAGGUGCAAUGUCAACUACUAUUGGCUUCUUAAGCUCACAAAGUGCGGCAACUGUGCGUCCUGUCGCUAUGGCUGAACGUACUGUUUUUUAUCGAGAAGCCGGUGCUGGAAUGUACUCGGCUCUACCCUAUGCAUUUUCACAGGUGAUAAUCGAGAUUCCAUAUACAAUGGCUCAAGCUUGUAUCUAUGGAGCUAUCGUCUACGGGAUGAUAGGAUAUGAAUGGACAGCUUCCAAAUUUUUGUUGAACAUAUUCUUUACCUUCAUCAGCGUCUUGUACUCUAUAUACACUGGUUUUAUGGUCAUGGCCGUAAGUCCUAAUCAAGAAAUCGCUUCGAUACUCAAUGGUAUCAUAUCCACAUCAUGGAACGUCUUUUCAGGAUUUGCUAUUCCUCGCCCAAGAAUGCCGGUAUGGUUAAGAUGGUUCACGUACGUGUGUCCAGGGUGGUGGGGAUUGUACGGAGCGACAAUAGCUCAAUACGGGGAUGUAGAGACGCAGCUCGAUACGGGUGAGAAGGUUGUUGAGUUCAUGAAAAAUUAUUAUGGUUACGAAUACAGCUUCUUGUGGGUUGUUUCACUUGCCCUCAUUGCUUUCUCUUUGUUUUUUGUAUUUAUUUAUGCUUUCUCUGUUAAGACUCUGAAUUUCCAGAAGAGAUGAGAAUUUGUGAACACCAA